AUGCUCAAAGUAAGUUGAUAUCGAAACAAUGUUGUACGGAGUGAGUCAAGGCCGUUUACGUAAUUGGCCAUGGUUUGGAAGCGCAAAUACGCACGAAAACGAAGUCUUUUGAUAAGAUAUGCAUUCCAAAUUUGGUUUCCGCCCUUUUUUGCCUAAAGUUCCUAUUGACGAUAAAAGUACCAGUGCUCAAAUCAAUAGUAGAUUAUGAAUACUUUUCUGAUGUAUUGUCGCAUGUCCCGACCGGCCGGUUGUUGUCUGCGGAAGUUAUUUUAGAUAUCGUCGGCGACUUCGUUUUUAUUUGCGUCUUCAGCUUUGUCUUCACUACUUUUUUUCAGAUGCCUUUAUUCGGGAAGUCACACAAAUCUCCUCCGGAUAUUAUCAAAAAUCUGCGAGAGGCCUUGUUGAUCAUCGAAAAGGGCGACAAGAAGUCGGAGAAGGCUGUGGAGGAGGUCAAUCGAUAUCUUCAGGCGGUAAAACUGAUUAUUUAUGGUCAGGACAAUCAAGAACCUCACACAGAACAGGUAAUUAUUCUUUUUGACUUUGUCUACAGAUUUUAGGUAUCGAUUGAUGUAAAUAAUGAUACAGAAGUAAUUUUUGAAUUUUUUCAGGUAGCUCAACUGGCACAAGAGACUUACAAUGCAAAUGUUUUGCCUCUACUAAUAAAAAAUCUCUCCAAAUUGGAAUUUGAAUCGAAGAAAGAUGUCUCCUUGAUCUUCAACAACCUUCUGAGACGCCAGAUUGGAACGAGAUCACCAACUGUCGAAUAUUUAUGUGCUCGACCAGAGAUUCUGUUUACUCUGGUCAAAGGGUAGGAUUAUUUUUGAUUUGUUUUCUCUUUUUAGGUAGUUAUUUGAAGAAAGAAGGGUAAUUUAUGUCUAAUUUUUUUAGAUACGAAUGCCCAGACAUUGCUUUGACUUGUGGAACCAUGCUGAAGGAGUGUAUCCGUCAUGAGCAUCUGGCCAAGGUGAUUCUUUAUUCAGAACAUCUCUACGAUUUCUUCAAAUACGUGGAAGUCCCUUCUUUCGACUUGGCUUCGGAUGCCUUCUCAACGUUUAAGGAUCUGAUAACUAAACACAAAACUUUAUCUGCAGAGUUUUUGGAGAAGAACUACGAUCGUUUCUUCGGAUGUUAUCAGAAUCUUCUCCAUUCUGAGAAUUAUGUUGUUAGAAGACAGAGUUUGAAGUUGUUGGGAGAGUUGUUAUUGGAUAGACACAACUUUAAUGUCAUGACGAGGUACAUCAGCAAUCCGGAUAACUUAAAAUUAAUGAUGAACAUGCUACGGGAAAAGAGUAGAAACAUACAAUUCGAAGCCUUCCACGUUUUCAAGGUAAGAUUUGUAUCAUUCAUGAUGAUGAUGAGGCCUUCGAAGGUAAUCCCGUAUUUUUUCGGUUGAAAUGUCAUUUUUCGCUUAAAAUAAUCGUUAGCACAUCCUGGUUUUUUCUGUUUUCUACACCAUUUGAAAAACCGUAGAAAACUGGAUCGCCUUUAUUAGCUCCGAUUUUUGCUCUCUGGGAGAGGACGGGGGCCUGGCGGGCUGGGGUGUGUCUGACAAAAGCUACCCCCUGCUGGCUGGCCGGGGCGUAGCUGACCAAAGCUACGGCUGGCCUGCCCUUCUUCACGUCUUUUGUAAUACCCUAUAAUAUUUUAGGUUUUUGUCGCAAACCCGAACAAGCCCCGGCCCAUCGCAGAGAUCCUCCUUCGAAACCGUGAACGGCUGGUCGAAUUCUUGACCAAUUUCCACACUGAUCGGACCGAGGACGAACAGUUCAACGACGAGAAGGCUUACUUAAUCAAGCAAAUCCAGGAAAUGAGAGCGUAA